GACGGUGCCGCCGGGCGGUGGGCGGCCGAGAUGCGACCACGCGACCCGAGGCUGUGAGCCGCCGGCCGGCCGUCCAUCGGCAUCGCCUUGCUUCGUCCCCAGGGCAGCUCCCGUGCCCAUGCCCGCGCACCCACCCACCACCAACCACUCACUCCCUUCUCCCCCUUGCCUCCGUCACCAUCUCCGUCUCCAGCUCCAUCCAUGACUACCCAGCACCAGCAGCAGCAGCAGCGCCAGUCCACGGCCGCCUCCUCCUCCUCCUCCCCACCACCACCGCCAUGGCCAUCCCUUGCUGCCUUGGAGGAUGCCGCCGCGCUUAGGCCUAGGCUUAGGCUUGGUCUUAGCCCCGCGUGCCCGUCCCCAUGGACGCCCUAGGCGCCGCGCUGCCGCGGCUCGCCCUCGCCGACGCCGACGCCGGGCCGGACGACGCGUGCGGGAGCCCCUGCUCCGUCGCCAGCGACUGCAGCAGCGUCGCCUCGGCCGACUUCGAGGGCCUCUUCUCCCCCUCCGGCGCCGACGCGGCCCCGCCCUCGCUCCUCUCCGACGACCUGCCCGCGGCCGCCGCCGAGGCCGCGGCGGUCCCGGGCGGCGCCUGCAGGAGCGUCUUCGCCCUCGACUCGCCGCCGCUCUGGGGGCUCGAGUCCGUCUGCGGCCGCCGCCCGGAGAUGGAGGACGCGGCCGCCGUCGUCCCGCGAUUCUACCGCGUCCCGCUCUGGAUGGUCGCCGGCGACGGCGCCGCGGUCGACGGCCUCGACCGCGCCUCCUUCCGCCUCCCCGCCCACUUUUUCGCCGUAUACGACGGCCACGGCGGCGCCCAGGUCGCCGACUACUGCCGGGACAAGCUCCACGCCGCGCUCGCCGAGGAGCUGCGCGCCGCAGAGGACCGUGUCGGCGGCUGCGACGACCUCAGCUCCCUGGACUCCAAGAAACAGUGGGAGAAGGCAUUCGUGGACUGCUUCUGCCGCGUGGACGCCGAGGUCGAGGCGCCGGACAGCGCGGGGUCGACGGCGGUGGCUGCAGUCCUUUGCUCGUCCCACAUCAUCGUCUCCAACUGCGGGGACUCACGGGCGGUGCUGUGCCGGGGCAAGGCGCCAUUGCCACUCUCUCUGGACCAUAAGCCCAAUAGGGAAGACGAGUAUGCGAGGAUCGAGGCUCUGGGCGGCAAGGUCAUCCAGUGGAAUGGAUAUCGAGUUCUCGGUGUUCUUGCCAUGUCGCGCUCCAUCGGGGACAGAUACCUGAAACCGUACAUAAUCCCGGUCCCCGAGGUGACGGUCGUUGCCCGGGCGAGAGAGGAUGAGUGCCUCAUCCUCGCAAGCGAUGGCCUCUGGGACGUGUUGUCGAAUGAGGAGGUGUGCGAUGCCGCUCGCAAGCGAAUCCUACUGUGGCACAAGAAGAACGCUACCGCCGCCUCCUCCAUCUCCCGAGGAGGAAGCGGCGGCGACGGUGGCUCGUCGGAUCCCGCCGCUCAGGCGGCCGCCGAGUACCUAUCCAAGCUCGCCCUCCAGAAGGGGAGCAAGGACAACAUCACCGUCCUCGUGGUCGACCUCAAGGCGCAUAGGAAGUUCAGGAGCAAGACUGACAAUAACAACAGAUAGUUAUAAGCAACCUAUAGGAAGCUCAAGACCAAAACCUGAUGACAGUAACAGUGCAUAUACAAAUUAUUUUUUGUUUCAAGUAGUUAGAUCCGAAACAUAAAAAUCAUAUGCACAGAUUUUCUUGGAAAAAGUGCUUUUAGAAUAACAUAAUUGUGUUGAUCCUUGCACAUACACUGCAGUAGAAACUAGCAGUUAAAGUUAUAUUUUGAAGACCCAUGUCAAUGUUCAAAAUGUCACCUUUUCAUGUCGUCCUCUUCGUCUCCGUGUCUUUCUCUUCGUCUCCGUGUCUUUCUCCGUCUUGUCCACCUCCUCUCCGGCACCGGCAUGUCGUCGCCCUCAUUUCCCAUGGAGGUAAGCACCUUACAACGACCCUCCCAUCCUUCCAUUGUUAUUGGUAGGUCAUUAGAUAAGGAAUUUCCUUAACAAGCUCUCAAUCGAAGGUGUCAUCGCUAAAUAUCCACUGACUACAUUCUCAAUUGGUUUAUUUUCUUGCAGUUGUGGUUGCCUCUAGGACAGUGGAAGGACAGUGCGAUGACAAGCGCGGUGUUUAGCAACAUUAAGUUGAUCCACUACAUCAACAGAAGACAGCCGUCAGACUAAUCUUCACUGGCCGCGUGCCUCAUUUUGCUUUAUUUCUACACUUUUGCUAGAUGAACGAGCCAUGGGUUGUAAUAUGUUGAUACAUUUUUCGUUUACUUUGCUGUUAGAAUCUCAUGUUGAGCACGGUUUAUGUCUUUAUUAGUUUCAAAGUUGGGCACGUUUUGCAUAUUUCGUCUAAAAGAAGUAGUAUUGGGUUUAUUA